GAGAUAGGGAGCGAAGAAGGUGAAGAGGGAGAGGCGUGGAUGGUGACGAGAGAGGAGGGAAUAAGGAGCAAGUCAUGAAGUUAUGAGAAGAGUGGCUGAAACCAGCCUGGGGCGCCUUUUUGCUGAAGAAGCCAACCACGUUUCCUUGUAUCUUCCUCCACAAUAUGCCCCACCUUUCUUCCUCUAUUUAGCCUCUUCCUUUCACUCUCUCCCCCUUUACUUCAUACUUAUCUCUUCCCACUUUAACUCCCCCCAAACCUCCUCCUCUUUUCCCGCUCCUUUCUACUAUAUCUCCUCCCUUCCUUCCUUCCUUCCUCCCCUGCAUUUCUCACCUUCAAUCCCCCUCCACGACAUGGCUUCUCACGCAAUUGAUCUGCCUCCCGGCUUCAGAUUCCACCCCACUGAUGAAGAACUCAUCGUCCACUACCUCUCUCCCAAGGUCCGCGACCCCUCCUUCUCUGCUCUCGCUAUUGCCGACGCCGAUUUGAACAAGUCCGAGCCUUGGGAUCUUCCCUGGAGGGCCAAAAUGGGGGAGAGAGAGAGGUAUCUUUUCUGCGUCAGAGACAGGAAAUACCCCACCGGGUUGAGAACGAACAGGGCCACCCAUGCCGGCUACUGGAAAGCCACCGGCAAAGACAAGGAGAUCUUCAAAGCGAAGGCUCUCAUCGGCAUGAAGAAAACUCUGGUCUUCUACAAAGGCAGGGCCCCCGAAGGUGGAAAAACCAAUUGGGUCAUGCACGAAUAUAGACUCCACCCCAAUGAUCUCCCCUCCAAGAACGAGUGGGUUCUGUGCAGAGUAUUUCAGAAGAUUAGCAACGGAGGGAGGAAGAUGGUGGAGAUUGGAGUUGGUCCUGAACUGCCUCCAUUAAUGGACGCCUCGCCAAAUCAAACAGAGUUUGGGGAGUCCUCUCACGUGACCUGCUUCUCCGACCCGAUGACCCGGGACGACAUAGUGGAUAGCCAGGCAGGGAAUGCAUCAUCACAGUUGCCAAAUAGCUUUCUGGGUGAAGAUGAGCAGGAGAUGAUGAUGAUGAGGAUGACGACGCUCGAAAACAAUGGAUGGGGAGAGUUCGAUGAAGGAGAUAUAUGCUCUGUGAUAUAUAACAACAACAGCAGCAGCAAUGGCAUGAUUCAGAAUCAAGAGUACUCGUCAGCUUCUGCUGGGCCCGUCGACAUUGGUUGCCUCUGGAAUUACUCCUCUUAGAAAACUGAACAACACAUCAUGGAGCAUCGUUGAAAAAGAAAAAUGAUUGCUGUACAUAAAUUUCCUGCGACUGCAUCUCAUAUAUAUAAAUAUAUAUAUAAUUUGCAGGAAAAAUGCAUGCAUAUUAUUAAGAAUUAGAAAGUGAUCAACUUGUUAAUCUUAAAUCUGCGGUUGGCUACAUAGCACUAAUGUAUAAAUUUGUUGGUGGCUGUCUUAUAUGAGAUUUACCUUUAUUUUAGA